UCAAGGAGGAUGAUGGGAGGGACCUUUAGCGCUGUGGCGAAAGACAAAGACAAGAACAGCUUCAAGCUGCGUCCGGGAAUGGACAAGAAGCUCUUCAUCUACGUACAGCAGACGUCCAAUAAGGAGCUGUCUAUAGAGAGGUGCUUCGGCCUACUGCUGAGCCCAGGGAAGAACGUGAAGAACAGUGACAUGCACCUGCUAGACCUGGAGUCAAUGGGGAAGUCCUCCGAUGGAAAGUCCUACAUCAUCACAGGGAGCUGGAAUCCCAACACACCCCAGUUCCAGGCUGUCAACGAGGAGACACCCAAAGAUACGUUUAUCUACAUGACGACGGCGGUGGACCUGGUGAUCACUGAGGUGGAGGAGCCGGUUCGUUUCCUGCUGGAGACCAGGGUCAGAGUCUGCUCUCCCAACGAGAGGCUCUUCUGGCCAUUCAGCAAACGCAGCUACACAGAGACUUUCUACCUGAAACUCAGACAGAUGGAGCGUAAGAGGAACAAGGACACCCUGUACGAGGUGCUGAGCCUGGAGAGUGAGUUAGAGAGGGAGAGGAAGAAGACGACAGCCAGCCCCAACAUCCUGCAGUCUGCCUCCCAAGGAUCCAUGGUGCCAUCGCCCCCCGAGGAUGAUGAGGAGGAAGACAAUGACGAGCCGUUGCUGAGUGGCUCAGGAGACGUGUCAAAAGAGUGUGCUGAGAAGAUCCUGGAGACCUGGGGAGACCUGCUGUCCAAAUGGCAUCUGAACCUGUCUGUGCGUCCCAAGCAGCUCCCGGCUUUGGUGCGUAGCGGGGUCCCAGAGGCCCUCAGGGGAGAGGUGUGGCAGCUCCUGGCCGGUUGCCAUAACAACGACCACCAAGUGGAGGAGUACCGCACCCUCAUCACUAAGGUAGGCCUGACCCUUGAACCUUCAUGGCAAUAAAUGUAUUUCCUGUUA